AUGGAGAACAACUCUGAGGCCACCAGCAAACUGCUGCUUAUGGGGCGAGCAGGAGCGGGGAAGAGCUCGAUGCGUUCCAUUAUCUUUGCGAAUUAUAUGCCCCGUGACACGCACAAACAGACGCCGACGACUAACGUUGAGCAUUCAAAGCUGCGUUUCCUAGGCUCACUUGAGCUGUCAAUUUGGGACUGUGGAGGGCAAGACAUAUUCAUGGAAAACUACUUUGAACUACAGAGAGAACACAUUUUUAGGAACGCGGAAGUCUUGGUUUACGCACUCGAGGUCCGUCGGGGUUCCCUCAUCGCUGCACAGAUGGUAGAAUCAGCUGAGGGGGCUGCUUCCUGUGGGUCAUCCGAUCGUCCUUCGCAGUCUGCAUCCUCGUCUUCUGCUCUUCGUUCAUCGUCUUCUUCGUCCUCGUCUGCCGGCCCCCGUUCAUCGUCUUCCUCCUCUGCUGUGCUUCAUUCGCCGUCUUCGUCCUCAUCGCCUGUGCAGCCUUCACCGUGUGCUUCGUCGUCUCUGCCUCCCUCUUCUCCAUCGCCCUCGCUGUCUGUGCCUCGCGCGUCUCCAUCUCCGUCUUCUGCCGCUCAUUCACCUGUCUCUUCUGACGUACCUGGCGGCGCCUCGGCGCACUCCAAGCGGCGCGCGCGUUCGCCUUCGUUUCGGCUGUCCUCCACGCCGCGUUUCCCGCUUUCGACUCGUCGGUUGCCCUCCGCGUUCGCGGCGACAGUCAAAAGCUUCUCGUCAACAGGUACUCCCUCGGCGCUUCGGGAAAUUGCACAGACAGACGCUCGUCUCCGGGAGCUGGCCAAGGACGCGCGCUACCUCAGCGAAGCUCUCGAGAGCAUUCGAGCCUUCUCUCCCGGCGCAAAAGUCUUUGUCCUCGUUCACAAGAUGGACAUCGUUCCGCAUGCAGAGCGGCCUCAAAUCACGGCCUUCUACCAGAAACUUGUUCGCGACCUUGCACAGGAGAAAGAAGUGGGUGUCUUUGCAACGUCGAUCUGGGAAGAAACGCUGUUUCAAGCGUGGAGCACAAUCGUCGCGUCCUUGGUGCCCCAUGCCGAGGAUCUGCAGCGCGACUUGAGAGUUCUCUCUGAGCUGUGCGUCGCAGACGAAAUUGUUCUCUUUGAAAAGAAUACUUUUCUGAGCAAUUUCUCGAGCUUCGUCGCCCGGACGCCGACCUUCUCUGCCUUCAUCGAGCGUUUCACUCGCAACACGUACAUCAUGAUCAUCAUAAGUGACCCAGGCGUGGAGCCAGCGGCAACGCUGUGUAACAUCGACAGAGCUCGGGAGGCCUUUAGCAAGUUUUCUCAAGCGAUGCAAAUCGGUCCGUCCUUGUGA